GGACAUACACACGUGCAGGCUAGCAUCCCGCGCACAAUUUUAUAGUUGUAGUUGCCAGCGAACUUGGCAAGAUGGAGAACGACAACGAAAAGCUAAACAACCAUUGGGGAAGCGAUGAAUAUUUGCCGAGGGAAGCUAAGGACAAGACUGAAGACAACCUGUUAGCGGAUGAUAGUGACGCUUCGAGGACAGGACAGGAGGAAAGGGGGUUUGUCGGUUUGGAACGAAAGCUCGGUCUUGUAAGCGGAAUAUGUCUGAUCGUCGGCACUAUGAUUGGCUCGGGAAUAUUCGCAUCUCCUCGCUAUGUGAUGGAGAACAGCGGUUCUGUUGGACUGACACUAAUUGUUUGGUCGCUGUGCGGUGUUUUAGCGAUAUUUGGGGCACUGAGUUACGCGGAGUUGGGCACAAUGAUACCUUUGUCAGGUGCAGAAUAUGUGUACUUGCUCGAAGGGUUCGGUGCUUUGCCGGCUUUUCUGUACUCAUGGACUUCUGUCAUUGUGCUUAAGCCGUCGCAAGUUGCUAUUAUCUGUCUGGCGUUUGGCGCCUACGUGAUCGAGCCGAUCUUUCCCGGCUGUGGUGACCGAGAGAACCUGCAGCCCGCCGUGAAACUCCUAGCAGCCAUCGCGAUAGGUGAGUACAAAACAUAAAAAUUAAGAUAUUGCGCAAUUUUGACAUUUGCAAAAAUAAAUGAGGGGACCGAAAACACCAAAUUUUUCAGAGGCUCUUGUUUCGUUUUGUCUUGUUUUACCUGGUUAAAAAACAGUAUAAACAAACAAAAUGCAAACGAAUGUUGUGUAAUCAUUCUGACGACAAGCUGAGUGGGAAUGUCAUCGACAUCUCGUUGGCGUGUUAAGGCGCACGACAGUUUCGUCGUGUUUGCUGUAACUUCUAAACAUCUUCAAAACUCUGUUAUCGGUUUCUAAUUUUACUCCCUUUUGAGCAAUUUUAGCAUGUACUAAUGCUCAAAAUUCUAGCUUUAUCACAAAACGGCAUAUUUAAUAAAAACUCCAUUUACAAUUUUUGCGUCGUUAAUUGGUUCAAUUUCUAUUCUCACACUGAUUGCAUCACGCACCCAGGCGUCGAAUGUUGCUUCGAUAUUUUCUUCGAGAACGUUUUCUAGCUCGUAAAAAUCAUCGAUUCGUGUUUUGUCGACCAAAACACUUAAGAAAGUGAAACUGGUGCGACUGCAAGUUUGUCCUAUACUUUUCUGCAGGUGCGUUAUGACUAUAAGGCUCCCUCGAUCGCAAUGUACUUUUGCUAGUUUUGGUAACUUAAAGCGCGCGAUGGGUUGUAUUUUUUAUUCGUAACUAAGGGUAUUCGUUAAUACCAUUCACAUUUAGUUUGUUUUCGAUCAGUGUGGGAUGUAAUGUCCAGAUAUCGAAACUGACAUCUAAAUGUAAGAUCGCCUUUUUUUCUUCAAGCACCUGUCCAAUGCCGGUCUGUUCGUAAAAAGUCUCAGUUAAAGUCAGCGAGAUAUCGAUUGGCCUGCCUCGACUGAUAAAUGUACAUAUCCGCACGGCAGGCAAUAAGUACAAAAAAUCCUGAAACUUGAGAUAUUUGACAGGUUGAUGAAUUAUUUGACAACUCUUUGAAUCUGUCACGUGUUAUCGAUAAGAAUAAUUUGAUGUUAACAUACAGAGGCACCAUUGAAAGGCUGAAAAUUUUAGUGAAGAACAAUGACACAAGGUCGCCAACGAAUUUAUUGACAAGCCCUUUAGGGCCAACCAAAAAUACCAUACCAGGCUGACCUAGCCUUAAUUAUCACAACCCACAACCGGCUCUAAAUCCUUCAAGGUUGGAUAACUCCCUCCAGAACAUUUUCUCUCAGAAAUACUUGCAAUAUGCCACCUCACAAUGUUUUGAACUAAGAAGUUUACGUACUACUCUUAGACUAAUAGAAAUUUGCCAUUUGCUCAUCUCCCACAAUACACUUUCCCAAAAUUUUGCAAAACCAUUGUCUUCCAAUUUUUCUUGGGACAUCUGCACCCAGGAUAAAUGAAAAAAAAAAACAAAGGGUAUGCAAAAUUUUGUGGCGAAAACAAGGUGUAUUAUGUAUCAUUGUGCAAAUGGCAAAUUUGUUUUGUUUUGUUUUGUUUUUUCCAGUUAAACUCGAUAAAUAAAUUUAUUUGUAAUUUUCAAAAUAUUUAUUUUGUUUGUAAGAUGUUUUACUGCCCCUCAUCUGCUCAUAAUGUCAUACUUAACAAUUUGUAACGUCCAGUUAUUAUAAUUUUUUGUCAAAAACCGUGCUUUGUAUGGUCACAACCAUCAAGUGAAAUAUAAUAUCCUUUGUUGCUGGUUCAUCGUGCCUUUAACGGCAUAGAAGUGAGGGAUAUUGGGGUCUUCACCAUUUUCAAAAUCAGUGUUGCGGGUUUUGCUCUUAAAAUUUACAGUUUAGGAGUCAUUUAAAGCCAUCAUCAGUUUUUUCUCGUGGUUACGUUUGGUUCUUGUAAAGAGAAAAGCAGGUUUUCUGGUGUCAAUCUAAUCUGUAGCCUGCAUAACUGGCGCUUUAUGAGCCGGCUUUUCGCGCGAAUUGCGAGGCGAUUUUUCUCCUCCCCCUCGCCUCGUGGAUGGUUCGCGCGAAACGCCUGUAAAGCGCCUGUUAUGCAGGCUAUCUAAUCUGAAGGUGCGCAUACAGGAAAAACAUAACCGCUUUCUGAUUAUGUGGCGGUGAUUUAAUUGCUGGAAGUACCAUUUCUGCAGUGAUUUUUGAUGUAAACAAUUUUUGUGGUGAACAGUAGCCAGAUCAGUGUUGGAUCACAGACGUAUUUCUUUUUAUCGAUAAUUCGAAAGCGCGCGCGGAGCGUGAGAACCAGGGCGACACUCCAUUGUGCUUGCGGUCAGUAAAUCUCCCUCGGUUUUUUUUUCUAUACUCGGGCGCCCUCGACCAUCCUUCCACGCAGACGUUUUUGGGGGUUCGUCACGAGUUCCUGCCUCAAGGGGAGGAUUGCGUGACGAGCCUAAAGAACGUCUGCGCUGCGGGGAGGCUAUCCCAGAGGAUCUGUGUUAUACCAAAACGUAUUCUCCUUUAACAGCAGGGAAUCAGUUGAUAGCCCGACAAUACAAAAUAUUAACCAAGCGACACCUAACCAGUUACAAGUAGUCGAUAUUAGCAAAAAGCAGCAUUCUUUGACUCCUUCCUCCUUACCAGUUGGGCUUUGCAGUUGGGCAUAAUGGAAGAAAAUGAGAUGAGAAACCAUAGCUACCAUGACGCUACAAGCCAGGCUGAUUUACUGGCAAGUCAAGCCGACUGUAGUCGCGACGAGAGCAAAAUAAAUCCCGCCAACAAUCAAGCUCUUCAGCUGGAGAAGCAAGUCGGCCUUAGCGGAAGCAUUUCCCUUAUCGUAGGUACAAUGAUUGGUAGCGGAAUAUUCGCUUCAGCCAGUGGAGUGUUCAGUCAGGCGGGCUCUGUAGGUUUGACUUUAUCAGUGUGGGCAGGAUGCGGUAUUAUCGCAAUGCUCGGUGCCUUGUGUUAUUGCGAGUUGGGAACCAUGAUUCCGAAAUCUGGAGGCGAGUUUGUGUACCUCCUGGAAGGUUUAGGUGCGCUGCCCGCAUUUCUGUACAGUUGGACUUCGGUCGUCCUUCUCAGGCCGGCGCAAACGGCCAUCAUCGCCCUGGCUUUUGGAAGUUAUGUCGCCGAGCCCUUUUUUCCCUCGUGUGUCAGUCAAGAUUCGGAGCGACCAGACUUAGACGUUUUGGUGAAGAUAUUGGCUGCCCUGUGCAUUGGUGAGAGCCUGCCUGUUCUAUUUCCAGGGGAUGGAGACGGCUGACAUUUUAGACUGCCAUAGCGUGCACCACAGGCGGCACCAAGAUUACAUCUGCCACGCGGUAUCGGGUCGUUUCGCCCGUACUUAAGUCGAUUUGUUCGAUGUCUGUCGUUGUUUUAAGCCUGAAAAACGGGAUAAGCAUGAAGAUAUGGACUGCACAUGUGGAAUCCAAGCUUAACUAAAAUAACAUCUCUGAUAAGCGUUUCACCGAGCUGUAGAAUGUCAUCGGGCGAAUUGCCUUAAGUCUCGGCAAAACGUCGCAGGGCGAAACGACCUCAAUUCCUGGGACGUGUUAUCUCUGUUUGGAGAGAAUUUUAUCUUACGUCAGUGUGUGUCCUCAGAAUUUACAAGAAGAAAACAUUUUGAAAAAUUUAUUUUAAGCCCAAGAAAACAUGGACUUUCGUUAUUGGACGACAUUAAGUCGGUUUUUUUCAGUCUUUUCCAUCGACAAUUUCACGGAUUUUGCCCCAUAGGAAAGAAAAGUGCCUUUAUCAAAGAGGAAUAAUCCCCAAGGAAAUUCCAUGGAGAGCUUUUAGAGUUUAUUUCCGGGUUAUUUGUUUACGUGAAUGCCUAUUCUAGAUAUUUACUAUCCGGCUCAAAAGUUUUAGCAGGUUAGAGAAAAGGUCCAAACCUUGUGACACUGUUAAGUCCCGGUCAUCUUCUGCGACUAACCAGUGUUGAUUAUCAGUGUUUGGCAGGAUGCAGUUUUUUGGCAUUGCCUAGCCUGCGUGGCAGGCGUUAAAAGGGGAAGGGGAAGGGGGAAUUUGGGCGUGCGAGGGAGAAAGGAAAGGUUCCCCUCUUCCCUCGUGCACGAUCUCGCGCCCUUAAUCCCUUCCCCUUCCCUUUCGAACGCCUGCCACUCAGGCUAGGUAUUGCCCAACAAGUACCCACACAUUUUUUUUUCUGUCGCUUUGUUUCCUUUUCAGUCAUACUGGAAUGAAAACAAUAGAGAUUAUAGAAUACCAGCCUCUGUUUGAGUCGACUUAAAUUUGUACUUCUUUUCAUUGCAGCGGUGAUUCUGUUUGUGAAUUGUGCGAGUGUGAAGUGGGCCUCGCGGAUGCAAAUCGUAUUCACUGUUUGCAAGAUGGCGGCAAUAGUCAUGUUGAUUAUCACUGGUAUUGUUCGCCUUGGACAAGGUGAGGAUGUCACCGCUUUUAUGCUUAUAUUUAAGUUUUUUUAACUUCUCACAACGAGAGAAUUUUCCAGCUUUUUCGGUGCUAGAGAUUCAUCCACGGUGUUGAGCUAUAUUCACCUUGACAAACAUUGGGUCCUUAUUUCUAAAGGGCCCUCAACACUACCAUCUUAUCGCCUCCUCUUCCCACUGAAUCAUACUGAUACCAGUUGCUCUUACAAGGGCUCUUAAACACAGCCGAUUUUCUGUGGUUUUAUUUUUAAUAAGACUGUAAGUUUCGAUUUUAAUUCGUGCUCGCAAACUAGCGGCAAUUUCACUGAGAUUUGGUGCCAUGUGUUUCAACCUGCUCGAAUUUGAUGAUUUAUGGGCGAUUUCCUGUUCGAAGGUUAGAAAAAACAUAACCGAGGCGAACUGUUUACAUCGCAUGAAGCGUUUGAAGAUGCAGCGUUUUUGCGAAAGUCAAGCGCGGGAAAACACAUUACUCAUGGUUGCCACAGGUCAGGGAAAAGUCAGGAAAUUUCACUUCAAGUCCGGGAAAAUUUAAGUGAUUGAAAGAAGUCAGGGAAAAAUGACAUUUUAAGAGUACAUUUGUACAUUUUACGGACAUGAAUCGCGUUUGGUAGAAUGUUGUUCAUGAAAUUGAACAACAUUGGACAAAAAUGAUAAAACGUGUAAAUCAUUAAGUGAUUUUAGAACCCGAAUGCGUAAUAAGGAUCUGACAUCUCUUAUUGAUGUUAGAUGCAAAGGAUGUCUUCUGUGUGAUAGUUGAUGUCUCAUCGGAAAUAAUUUUAGCAUUUUAGUCCUCAGCUUUAGUAUUUUAGCUAACAAUUUGUAACAUAUUGUAUGGAUUUUUUUAUCUACUUAAUUAUUGUACCUAUUAUAUUUUAACUGUAGGUGUCCCCUAUUAGUAGAGGGCCUGCCCCUCGGCUAGUUUUUCUUUCUUGACACAUAAAUAAAGUUUCUAUCUAUCUAUCUAUCUAUCUAUCUAUCUAUCUAUCUAUCUAUCUAUCUAUCUAUCUAUCUAUCUAUCUAUCUAUCUAUCUAUCUAUCUAUCUAUCUAUCUAUCUAUCUAUCUAUCUAUCUAUCUAUCUAUCUAUCUAUCUAUCUAUCUAUCUAUCUAUCUAUCUAUCUAUCAUCUAUCUAUCUAUCUAUCUAUCUAUCUAUCUAUCUAUCUAUCUAUCUAUCUAUCUAUCUAUCUAUCUAUCUAUCUAUCUAUCUAUCUAUCUAUCUAUCUAUCUAUCUAUCUAUCUAUCUAUCUAUCUAUCUAUCUAUCUAUCUAUCUAUCUAUCUAUCUAUCUAUCUAUCUAUCUAUCUAUCUAUCUAUCUAUCUAUCUAUCUAUCUAUCUAUCUAUCUAUCUAUCUAUCUAUCUAUCUAUCUAUCUAUCUAUCUAUCUAUCUAUCUAUCUAUCUAUCUAUCUAUCUAUCUAUCUAUCUAUCUAUCUAUCUAUCUAUCUAUCUAUCUAUCUAUCUAUCUAUCUAUCUAUCUAUCUAUCUAUCUAUCUAUCUAUCUAUCUAUCUAUCUAUCUAUCUAAGCUGAUGAUGUUUGGUUUCAGUAAAAUCAAUCCUUUUUGCACGUUAUUGUGAAGGAACUAUAAAUUCAUGUACACCGCACUUGACUUGCUGAAAGCAUAAAUAAAUGGGUGGAAGGGAUAGCUGUGAGGGGAGCAUAAUUUGUGAAAUUGUUAAUUCAGUUGGUCAGGGAAAUUUUACAUUUAUCAGGGAAAAGUCAGGGAAUUUCAGAAACCUCUGCUGCCGGUUUUUAGGGCGAAGGGAGGAAUUUUGAGGACGCGCAUACAUAAGAGGGGAGAAAAAGAGUAGAGGCCUUCUCUCCCCUUUACCCUCGCGCGCUCGUUCAGGUAGGAACGAAAUUUUCCUCAGGGAUAAUAGAGGGAGCAAAAUACGAGAGCUUUUCUUAAAAAUCGCCACCUGCGAGUAAGGUGAAACGCGAAGGGAAGAGGCAAAUUUCGUAUUUCCACACGUUCGCGUAUUUUGCUCUCUCUGCCAUUUUCGCGGGUGGCGAUAUUCAUUACAACAAGCAUGUUAAAAAAAAUUCGCUCUCUUUUUUAUCCCCAAAGUAAAUGACAGUCUACUUGUAGUCUAGAGAUUCUACUAAAAAAUCCAUUGCCGCUAAAAACUGCUUUGAAACAACAUCCGCUUAAAAGUUGUUUAUCAUCUUUAUUUGAAGAUUUCUCUUGGUGUUAUUUUUCACAGGAUACACAGAAAGUUUUCAGAAUUCGUUUAGCGGUACAACAAGCAGAAUUGGUCUUGUGGGAUUUGCGUUUUACAAUGGUUUGUGGGCCUAUGAUGGCUGGUAAGUCAGUCCUCCAAUCUUUUUCUGCUGGCAGUGCUAGGAUUCUCUUGGCGCCGGUCUCAGUUAUAAACUACUGAACAACUUUGUAUUUUAAUACCUAGGUCAUGUUGUUUGCACUAAAAAUUGAUUCAUCAAAUAAGCGCCUCUACUCAAAUAAGCGCCCCUUCCAAUAUUCGCCCUCUCCCACGCCUUAUCCUAAAUUUGAGGAUGUACGGUAUGUUUUGCUGAAUUGGUUUGUUUCUUCACCAUUAUUUAUAAAUUUACUUUUUUCUAACGUACAGGAAUAAUUUGAACUACGUCACGGAAGAACUGAAGAAUCCUUAUCGGUAAGACAGUAAUAAUAAUUAUUAUUAUUGUUAUUAGUGUGAUGAUGAUGAUGAUGAUGAUGAUGAUUCAGUUACUUAUAUAGCACCAGCUUCUUCCAUUAAAAUGAUCAGAGGUGCUUUACAAUAAUUCACCUAAAACUCAUUAAAAAAUAUAUAAAUAUACAAUUUAAAAUGUAAUAUAAUAAGAAUAAAUAAACCUAAAAGACACAAAUAAUUAACUUAGAUCAGCUGAGAUGCAUAGUUGGCAGGAAGCCAUUUUCUAUUCAUUUCUUACGUUGUCAAGCGAUUUAGCCUUUGAAGUAACGUCAGCAUCAUGGCCUUCCCGUUUUCACUAACUUCAACUUUUAAAGGCAUCUAUCCUCCCCACUCCCAACCCCUCGAAAACGUGAGUUUUGUGCACGUGUGACUCUUAUUCGCUGUGAAACGUUUAGAGCUUCCGGCGGCUCGCGGCUUGCGCGUCCGUUUGAGUGAUAGUGUGAUAGGGAUGCAAAACCCUCAUAUGAUCUUCUCUUAAUUGUUUUCUUACAGAGACUUGCCGCUGUCCAUUUUAAUUGGCAUUCCCCUAGUAACGGUCUGUUACGUGCUGGUAAAUAUCGCUUAUUUGGCAGUACUAACGCCCGCGGAAGUCAUGGAGUCAAGUGCUGUCGCCGUGGUAAGUAACAAUUGUCGCCUCUUAGGUUUAGUCUGUCUCAAGCUCUAGCCGCCACCCAAGAAAUAGACUAGUGACCUUACGAUCCGACCAUGGCAUUGCCGAAGAAAGCGUCGCAGAGAAACUGUCUUCACAUCCUUUCAAAUCUUUUCGCGGUUAUUCCAAUAAGCGGGUCCGAAUUCAGACAGAGAUUUUCGCCUUGCUGUUCCCGUUUUUGAGAAAGUAGGGACGGCGCAGAAAUGUACGAAAAAGCGCCUAUUGUGUUUUAGGCGUUCCCCAGCAUUGCCGUCGCCGUCGUAGUUUCGUGAGGUCCCUACUGGACCGGAGACAGCACGGAAGUCGAGCUCAGUCUAAUUUCACUGAGGUCAAACGAUAUGUGUGCCAAAAUGAAGGAAAGUAGUUAGACGGCUUACGCUGCAAACGGACUCUUGUCUUAAAACCACCCUCCACUCAAUCAAGAGCUUGCUUGCAAGUUUGAUGCAUUACCAGUAAACUAAAAAAGUAAAACGCGGCAGCAAAAGAUAAAUGGAGGCUCGCUGCCGUCGCCGUCGUAGUUGGCUUCAUUCUGCGUUAAAACGGUGGAGAUGACCACGUGACAUUUUCCUGUCACUUAUCCCUCCAUUUGUACCGGUUUUUAACGUUCUUUAAAAAACGAUGGUAAUAACCUUGAUUAUUUUAAAUUUUGUCAUUUUGUUGUUGCUACAAGCAAGGCACUUUCUAUUUUAACUUAAAAGUUACUAAGAGAGAUUUGUUGCUCGGAAUUUUUGAGUUGUUUUAAAAGAGUAAUUUGACCAAAUUUGAGAGCGUUUGUGCUCAAGUUUAGCCCAGUGUGUCGAUGUUCCGCUAAACUUCAGUUACAGAACUCAAGGGAAGGUAAACAGGAGAGUUUUAAUCCCGGUUUUCAAACAUUGUAUUUUAGACCUUAGCAGAUCGUUUGUACGGCGUCAUGGCCUGGGUUAUUCCAAUAUUUGUUGCAUCUUCAACAUUUGGAGCAGCUAACGGAUCAGCUUUUAGUGGUGGAAGGUUGGUAUUUCAGCGUACUGAAAUUCUGCUUAUUAUAUUGGUUAAGUCUUACUUACUGUUGCUCUUAUCUAGGCCUGGCAGCUUCUGUGAACAUGAUGAUAUAGUUACUACAAAGGGCCUUACUGAAUCGUGUUAUGGCCAGACAUAUAUACAGCUUAACCAAUAAAGGCCUGAUAUCCUCAUACAAUUCUUCAAACAGAUCUCUAUACAUUUCCAUCAACAAUUAGUUUGGAGAAUUUGAUAGCAGAUCAAAGUAUUUUCCUGUAGGUGAUCAUUUUAUGAAUUCUCAUAACCUUUACUCUUGAUUAUGUGUCGAUAUGAUUAGGAGAAAAUUGAUGUUGAUCACACUUGGAACUUAAAGGGUUAACUUCUUGAUCAUCCCUCCGGAUAGAUUUAUUCAUGAAUAUUUGUAAAUCAUGAUGAAGAUACUAGGUUAUUCAAAGGUACAUUUGAGAUUUAUUCUUUCCUAUUAGAGCUAACUUAACUUUGAACAAAUGGACCCUGUAGUUAGAGCGAUUGUCGUAUGUCCUUGAAAAAUGGUUUCGGUAAGUGUUCGUUGUUUGUUUUAUCAGCCAGUGGUUGAACAGAACAAAACAUGGACUCUUCGUUUUCCCGCCAAAGAAAACCCUAAUAUGGCGAAGGCAUUGUUCGAUUGGCCAAUCGUGUUUCAGUAUGACGUCAAAGCGAUUUCUAGAAAGUUCUUCGGGCAUGAAUUUUUUGCAGCCGAGCGUUCGCUUAACCAACUAAAAGCCAGGUGCGUUUGUAUCCGUUCGAUAAACCAAUCAAAUCGCUCUAUUUCCGUUCUUUUGUUCUUUCUGUUUUGUUCGCGCGUUUUCAUUUCAAGGUCAUACGAAAUUCGCUCUAUCAUAGAAAUAAGCCCAACAACGAGAUUCAUACAUUAUCUCUCUAUGUUACUGUAGAUUAGUAUUCGCCGCCGCCCGAGAAGGACAUUUGCCCAAGUUCCUUGCCAUGAUUCACACAAAGAGACACACUCCCCUUCCCGCCAUGCUGUUCACGGUAGGUCAAAAGAACCGAAUUGACAACAGACAAACUGUCAUUACUAUACGCUGGCUUCGCGGCGAGCAGGCUUGAUCAAGGGAAUUCACCCCGGGGCGGUACUCCUAGGAAUUCUUAGUGGGUAUGUGCCGCCCAGUUCUCCAAAUCCUGACCCUAUUUCAUACCAAAAACUGUUAUUUUCUACACCCGUUUUCAGACCAGACCUCUAAAAUCCAAACCCUUUUUCAGACCUGGCAUUCAGACAGAAAUUAUGUCAUCAUUUUUUAGAUUAGAGCGCAAACAAACAAUUUCUCCAAAUGCAUAUCCAAUUCGCAAAUUCCUACUUCGUUCUUAUUCAUUUGGAGUUGAAACGAUAAAUAAGUUCAUACACCCCCGUAGUUCCAUCGAAGACCAUACCCGAUUCCAGAUCAAAAUGGGCAAAGAGUAUACCCGUUUUCAGACCAGAAAGGACAAAAAACCCUACACUUUUGGGCGGUACACGUCUAUAUGGCUUAUAUAGGGGAGUCCCCUCCUCCUGGGGGGAAUUCACCCAGCAGAUAAGUUGGGCCAGCCUAUGGGUUAUCAGCUCGGGUAUCUCAGCUUUACCGCUUUUUGUUGCUGCCGGAAUGCAGGAAAGCAUUUUGUCUGCUAUACAAUAAAUUCUGUAUUAACAACGCUAGUUUCCGUGAAAAUAGGCUACAUAUUGCCCGUUCUUUUCUCUCUCUUUCUCUCUCUUUGUUGUUCUUUUUGCAAGAAAAGAACUUGGAAAAUAUCCAGCCUUCCCGACAUUAUAAUCUCAGUGAAAUAUGCUCCUUUCUGCAUUUUAUUUUGGUUCUUGUAAAUCUUCCUAAGUCUGGCUUAGGAAGAUUAUCUUAGGCUCAUUCAGUUAUUUUUCGCGACUAUGUUAUGAACUGAGAACCCGUGUUCGUUAAAUACAGUCGACUCUCUCUUAACGGACACCUCUAUAAGACGGACACCUCUGUAAAACGGACACUUAGAGUUGGUCCCUGCCUUUCUUUACUCCCCUUUAUUUGACUCUCUAUAAGACGGACAUCUCUCUAAGACGGACACUUAGUGCCGGUCCCAAAGGUGUCCGUCUUAGAGAGAGCUGACUGUAUACUUUUGUAAUAUAACUUUAUAACUUUCCUCCGCAGAGGCCUCUUUGUGUCGUAGGGAGGCUGGGGAGAAGCAAAAUCAUGCGGGGGACGAUGGGAAGAGAAAAGAGAGGAAGCGAGGCCUCGGCCUUCCCCCUUCCCAUCGUCCCCCGCGCGCUUUCCUUUUUUCGAUUAUUGCAAUUCUUACUGUUGUGAUACCCAGCAGGAGCCUCUGUGGAGGAGAGAGUGAUAACUUAACAUAUUCGGCUACCAUUUCACCGAUCUUUUCACACUUAUUGCUCACUAGCCUCCCACGCAGACGUUCCUGGGGCUUCCUCACGCGUUCCUACCCCACGAACGUUCGUUCGUUCUGACGAAGCCUUAUAAGAACGUCUGCGUGGAAGGCCAGCCAUUCAACUUUCUUCAGAUAGUUUUUCGUCACUUUUCCCUGUUUUGCUUUUUGACCGCAGAGUAUAAUUGCCUGGAUCAUGUUACUGCCUGACUCCAGCUCUUUUGAGACGCUAAUAAACUACUUCAGUUUUGCUGCUUGGGUUUUCUAUGGUGUCACGGUGUCUGCUCUCAUCUGGCUUCGCUAUCGGAAACCUGAAAUGAAACGACCCUAUAAAGUGAGUCAUGUUGCCUUAAUAAUUAAUUACGCUAAGGAACCAAGGUCCUCGAUGAUUGGUUCCUUGUGUUAGGUCAGGGGGGUGGGGUAAGGGUAAUAGAUAGGGAAGCCUGAAAGCGAGGCUCAAGCGGAACUAAGUUGGGAGAGAGAGAGAAAAAAGACAUACUUAAGGUCUUGGGAAAAAUUGUUAUAGGUCAAGGAAAAUUAUGGAAAUCUGAAACGCUAUUGCAACACAACAAACGUUCGGAUGGAAAACUAUAGCAACUGAAAAAAUCUACUAGAAUAAGGUGUGCAACGAUUCACCGAUGCAUCGGUUUAAAGACGAUAUUUGUUCUAACGAUAUGAGUAUCGAUAUUUCAACAAGAUGUCGUGAUAUUACGAUACAAUAAAAUUGUAUUGUAUCGUGGCCCUUGUAUCACGAUUUGUGUCAUAUCAUGUGAAACUGUAUCGUUGCAGCCAUAACCAGAACCCUGCAUUAGGUACUGAAAUCAUUUUGAUAGGAAAGGCGUUUAUGUUGCUCUGGACAGCUUUUGCGUGGAAAUGAUAAAUAACUGAACAUACACAGUUUUAUAUCGAUAGAAAGUCUACAGGCAGUUAGGAAUAUUACAGAACGAUUGACUACCACGAACACCAGAAUACAUGUUGUGCAACCUAAUUUUAUUUAUGAUUCUUCCUUUUUUAUGUAACGUUCUCUUCAAGUAGCAGGGUAAAAGAUAAAGAGACAUUGUAGACAGCAAUGCUAGUUUGAGGGGCAAGGUCGGUAAAGAGACAGCUAAAAGUAGGUUAUGUACUCCUUGGAAGGCCUAGCUAGAGAUAGGAAGGGCGUGAUAGAAGAAAGGAAGACUGGUCACUGGAAAUGAAGUGGAAUGACAUGGAGUCUCAGCUAUUCAGUGAGAAGCAACAAAAGCUGGAGGACAAGCCAACCAUGAUAACUGAAUAGCUACUGAAUACUGAAUACCUUGUUUCAAUUUGCGCGUGUCGGAAGAAACACUUAGAAUAGCAAGGUAGAAAGGCAGGAAGAAAGGAAACAGAGGGCGCGAUCCAUUCAACCAAAAUUCCAACCGGUCCGACCGGGAAAAUUGGUCGACCUUAAAAGGUGGACCCGUUUUUUCGAAACGUUUCCAGUUGGACAGAACCGAUCCAGUGAGUUUUAGACGGAAAUUUCCGGAAAUUUUGGUUGAAUGGAUCGCGCCUAGAGAGGCACUGGAACCUUCGCUUUCAAUAUGUCGGGCAUAGAUGCCGAGGACCCAUCAAAUGCACCUUGAGUUUCGGCUGAGUGAAAUCCAUCGAAUACGCCGCCGUUUGUUAAAUCAAUGACUAUUUUCCUUUAUCAGGUUCCAAUAGUAGUACCCAUUCUUGUCUUGCUGGCCUCAAUUUACCUGGUUAUAGCACCUUUCUAUGAAGCACCUCUGGAAUCCUUCUUCUGCUUGCUCUUCAUUUUGGCUGGAAUACCUGUCUAUCUUAUUUUUGUCUUUUUUGACAUCGUGCCUCGAAGUUUCUUUUCGGCAAUUGGUAAGUUG